GUGGUGGCCGUCGCGUCCGCGUGACGCCCACUCGACGUGCCAUGGCGGCCUCGGCGAUGGUGGAGCUGCGCCGGGAGGGGAACGAAUAUUUCCAGGCCGGCCGCUACGCGGAGGCGCUGGCCGCGUACGCGCGCGCGCUGGACCUGCCCGAGGCCGGGCCCGAGGCCUCACAGCGCGCCCUGCUGUACCGCAACCGCGCCGCCUGCCAUCUGAAGCUGGAGGACUACGCGCAAGCCGAAGCGGACGCCUCCCGAGCUCUGGAGCUGGACGGGCAUGACGUGAAGAGCCUCUUCCGCCGUAGCCAAGCCCUCCGGGGCCUGGGCCACCUCGACCGGGCCGCCUCGGACCUGCAGCGGUGCGUGCACUUGGAGCCCAAGAACAAGGCCUUCCAGGAGGCACUGCGCGACCUUGGCAGCAGCGCCCAGGAGACGAUGAAAGCCAUGACCUGCACUGACUCCAAAGUAGAAGCCAUGUUUAAGUUGCUGCUGAGCAAGGAGGAGAAGGAUCAAGACAAGAAGCAAAAGGCAGCUCAGAACUUGAUAGUUCUGGCUCGAGAGGAGCCUGGUGCCGAGAAAAUUUUCCAAAAUGAUGGCGUGUGCUUACUGCUGCAGUUAUUGGACACAGGCCGUUUGGAUAUGAUGAUAGCAGCCUUGCGGACCUUCACCGGCCUCUGCCGUGGCCACUGUACUCGAACGGUGGUGAUUCUGAGUGAACUGGGGCCCCGACGCCUCUUUACUGUCCUAGAGAGGGAGGAUGAGCAGCUUUCACUGGCUGCCUAUAACCUCUUGCAGGUCAUGUUUGAGACUCUCAGGCAGGGGCUGCAGAAGGAAGUGGUACAUAAAGACAAUGUUUUGGCAUCAGACUCAUCCAAAGAGCUGAGGUUGCUUCUUAGAUGGCUAUUAGAGGCUCUCACUCGAGUAGGUGUCUCUUCCUAUGGUCGUGACAGUAUCCUCAAUCUGCUGAUCAGCGUAAUAGCUCCAAAGUCACUGCAAGCCUCCAACAACUCUUUGACUCUUUGGGUCAUUGAUCAUGGUCUCAAAGAGAUCUUGGAGGUUGGGGGCACAGUGCCCCACAGUCCUGUAGGCCUGCGUGUGACAGAGAACACCCCCAUGACUGUGGCCGUGCUGCUCAGUAAGCUUUAUGAGGACUUGAAGUGUGAUGGCGAGAGAGAGAAUUUCCAUCGACUUUGUGAGGAUUAUGUCAGGGACUGGUUCCAGGGUCAUGGCAUGCCUGGGAAACUCAGGGCCAUCCAAACAGUGAGCUGUCUCCUGCAAGGCCCUUCAGAGGCUGGAAACCAGGUGCUGGAACUGAAUGGCAUCAUGGAAAACAUUCUGGCAUUGUGUGCCUCAUCUCAGGUGGCUCACCAGCUUGUGGCUGUGGAGGCCCUGAUCCACGCAGCUGAUAAGGCCAAACGUGCCUCCUUCAUCACCGCAAAUGGUGUGACACUGCUCAAGGAGAUUUACAAGCACAGUGAGCGUGACAGCAUUCGCAUCCGGGCCCUGGUUGGCCUUUGUAAAUUGGGCUCGGCAGGGGGCACAGAUUUCAGCAUGAAACAGUUUGCCGAAGGCUCCACCAUGAAACUGGCCAAGCAGUGCUGCAAAUGGUUGUGCAAUGAGACCCUUGAUGCUGGCACCCGCCACUGGGCAGCAGAAGGUUUGGCAUUCCUUACCUUGGACGCAGAUGUCAAGGAAGAACUUCUGGAUGACAAGGCAGCUCUCCAGGCUCUGUUCCAGCUGGCACAGUCAGAGAAUCGGAACUGCUUAUUUGCAGUGGCCUCUACACUGGUCAACUGUACCAACAGCUAUGACUUUGAGGAACCUGACCCACAGAUGGUGGAGCUUGCUAAAUAUGCCAAGCAGCAUAUCCCUGAGAAGCACCCCAAGGAUAAGCCAGAGUUCGUCCAUAAGCGUGUGCAGAAGCUCUUGGCCGCAGGUGUGGUUUCGGCUCUUGUUUGCAUGAUCAAGAACGAAAGUCCUUUAAGCCCUGCCUGCCGGGAGCUGAUUUCCAGGGUUUUCCAGGCCAUAGUGGAUAACCCAGAGAACCGUGGAGCUGUGGUAGCUGCUGGAGGGGGGAAGGCACUCAUCCCUCUGGCUCUGGAGGGGACUGAAGUGGGGCAGAGCAAGGCCGCCCAGGCUCUGGCCAAGAUUGCCAUUACUACAGCUCCGGAGAUGGCCUUUCCUGGAGAACGGGUCUAUGAGGUGGUCAGACCCCUGGUGAGUCUCCUGCAUUUGACUCGUUCCGGUCUGCAGAAUUUUGAGGGGUUGAUGGCACUCACCAACCUGGCUGGGACCAGUGAGAGGCUAAGGCAGAAGAUUGUGAAGGAAAAGGCCAUGCCCAUAAUCGAAGGCUACAUGUUUGAGGAGCAUGAGAUGAUUCGACUGGCAGCCACGGAGUGCAUGUGCAACCUGGCCUUGAGCCCCCAGGUGGCGGAGCUGUUUCUGGCCGAAGGCAGUGAUCGGCUCAAAUUGUUGGUUUUGUACAGUGGGGAAGAAGAUGAGAGGCUUCGUCGGGCAGCUUCUGGGACGCUGGCGGUCUUGACCUCGCUGCUGCCACAGAUCUGUGUCCGGAUUUCCCAAGUGGUGCCAGCCAUCUCUACACCUGGGGCUGCUGUAGGAAAUUACUUGUUAGCUGCUUUUCAGCUACCAAGAGCUUUGGGAUUGAAAGACUUUGCAGCACCAGGUGUGUCUCCUUCAGCCUUAGUGAGAAAUAUAAAUUUAAGAACUUAACUUUAUUUUUGGGGAAUUAACAGCAAAAAGGUGAAUAAAACAUUGAUUUUCAAAUGGACAACAGGACAAGAAAAAUUUGAAAUAAAAAUUUAGAAUUAUAAAGAAUCUUUCCCAUGAGAAAACGCUUUCAUUCUGAAUUCUUCCCAAAACAAAUUAUAAAAAAUUGGAUACCAGAAGGAAUUAAAGAUUAAUUAAAGGAGAACAUUCAAACUUGACUUACUAAUAUAGAAUGAAGCAAAAUAUUUAAAUAUUAGAUGUACUGAAGGGUAUUUUUGAACAAAGGAAACAGAAAUUAAUAUCUGCCUCUGUAGAUAGACUGUGCUUCAAAGAUGCCAUGCAAGAGGAACAAACAGUUCUUGGCAUGAUUGAGACUGAUCUGAAAGCGGCUUUAAAAAUGAAAGGCUACAAGAAUGACAAGGAAAAAGAUGCUUCACAGGGCAUACAAAAGAAAUCAACUCAUGCUUAAUAAUUCAAAGGAUGACAAACAAAGAAAAGAACCUGGAUAAUUUUCCUAUAUUGGAUUUAGAGAACAGGAUUGUUAAUGUUUUGAAUAAUUUUGUGAGAAGGGACAAAGAAAUAUGAAAAGAAAUGUUGUAGGUAUAGGCCACGCCCGGGUAGUGGGCCACAGGUUGAGGACCCCUGUUCCAGGAUAUUAUUUGAAGGGAUUAAAGGCCAUGAUUGUUAAAAGUAAAGGUUGAACUAGACCUGUUCUUCUCCCUUCAAUGGAUCUUUGCUGGUUUCAGGACUGAAGUAACAAGUCCUGAUAGAUUUGUUUAUGUGUAACCAGUGGGAUAAGGGGAGAAAAUAUUGUGUUUUUCCAACAGUUACUAAAGGGGAAAGUCAUUUCUUUACAUAUUUAUUCUUGUUUUGUAUUUUUUAUUCUUUUCCUUUUUUUAGUUUAUAUUUGUUUUUAACUCUUUAUGUUUUAGCUUACAUCUAACUGUAAGAUAGGCAGCCAAU